CUCUCUCUCUCUGUGUGCGUGCCUGCGCUCUCUCUCUCUCUCUCUCUGUUCCUGUCGCUCCUCAUAUCUCUCCUCACAGCAGCUUUUGGCUUUGCACUACGAUGUCCGCCGUAGCGCCUCGGCAGUGAGUACACAGAGGUUAUGCUGCCCAAAAGCUCCCCGUUGAGUCAGAGUGAGAAAGAGAAAGGCUAAAGCCACGACCCGUCAGCACAGCAGGAGGAACACAGCACAGCCAGUGGAGCCAUGAGCCACGCCCAGGAGCCCAGCUCUCCGGAGCCCGCGGCGGCCCCUACCCCCCGCAGCGUGAGGCGAGAGGAGGACGAGGAGCGGGACCUGAACAAGGCCCUGGGGGUGGAGCGCUUCCAGCAGAUCCUGCACCCCACCCCCCGGGGCCCGGCCGAGCAGCACCGCUCCUACAACGAGGAGGACUUUGAGUACCACCGGCACUCCUCCCACCACAUCCACCACCCCCUGUCCAAGCACCUGUCCCCCGACGGACGCAAGAAGAAGGGCGGCAAGAAGAAGAAGGGAACGGGCCGGAGGAGAGGCUCGGGGAGCAGCGGCGCCGCCACCAUCGAGGAGGACGAGGAGGAGGACGAUAUCGAGGAAGAGUCGCACAGCCAGCACGAAGGGGAGGAGCACCCGACCACGCCCACGCCCGAUACCGACACCGACACUCAGACUGGAGAGGUGCAGUUCUUUGUUUCAGAAGAAGACCAGUCUUCCUCCUCAGCCAGUAAGUCUGGCACACACACACCCCCCCGGAGACUGGACAUUGUGCCAGAGUCAGGCCUCAGCAAGGAUAGCAUCCCGGAAGAUGCCUCGCCCACAGAAGAGCAGGACUCGGUGCCAUCCCACCCGGCCCUCCACAAGGGCAGGAACGGGCUGUGGAGCCCCGCCCCUGUGGCCCCCGGCUCCCCGCGCUCCCUGGCCUCGGCCAGCCCCCCCGCCCGCGGGUCCGCCUCCUCCAUGUCCAAACUGGGCGCGGCCGGCCGCAGCUACGACCUGCAGGAGCGCCGGCGCACGGGCAACAUGACGGGCGCCGAGCAGGCCAGGUACCAGCGCAUCCCCACCGACGAGAGCGAGGCGCAGACCCUCGCCAGCGCGGACCUGGACGGCAUCAAGAGUCACCGGUUUGAGGAUGUCCCCGGCGUACGGCGUCACCUGGUCAGGAAGAGCACCAAGGGCCAAGUGGUGCACAUCAGCAAGGACCACAAGGAGCCCAGCCAGCGCAGCCGAAAAUUGGACCGCACCCCACAUGAGGUGUUCGUGGAGCUGAACGAGCUGAUCAUGGAUAAGAACCAGGAGAUGCAGUGGCGCGAGACGGCGCGUUGGAUCAAGUUUGAGGAGGACGUGGAGGAGGAGACGGACCGCUGGGGCAAGCCUCACGUGGCCUCCCUCAGCUUCCGCAGCCUCCUGGAGCUCCGCAAGACCAUCUCGCACGGGGCAGUCCUCCUGGACCUGGACCAGAAGUCCCUGCCCGGAAUCGCACACCAGGUGGUGGAGCAGAUGAUCAUCUCUGACCAGAUCAAGGCUGAGGACCGCGCCAACGUCCUGCGCGCCCUGCUGCUCAAACACAGUCACCCGAGUGAUGAGAAGGACCACAGCACCUUCCCGCGCAACAUCUCAGCCGCCAGCCUGGGCUCCCUGAUGGUCCACCACCACAGCACCAACCACAUCGCCCAGACCGAGCCGUCCGUCACCGACCCGCUCAUGGGCAGUGGCGGGACCGGCCCGGAGAACGACGCCCGCAUCGACAUGGAGAAGAACGAGAAGGAGAUGCCUCCAGUGUUGGGCAUGCACCGCUCCAAAUCCAAACAUGAACUGAAGCUGCUUGAGAAGAUCCCUGAAAACGCCGAGGCCACAGUCGUCCUCGUAGGCAGCGUGGAUUUCCUGGAGCAGCCCACUAUGGCCUUCGUGCGGCUGCAGGAGGCCGUGUUGCUGGAGUCGGUUCUGGAGGUGCCGGUUCCGGUCCGCUUCAUCUUCGUCCUGCUCGGGCCCCCCAGCACCAACAUGGACUACCACCAGAUCGGUCGUUCCAUCUCCACUCUGAUGUCCGACAAGCACUUCCAUGAGGCGGCCUACCUGGCGGACGACCGCCAGGACCUGCUCAAUGCUAUCAACAGCUUCCUGGACUGCAGCAUUGUGCUGCCUCCCUCCGAGCUGGGCGGGGAGGAGCUCCUGAGAUCGGUGGCUCGGUUCCAGAGGGAGAUGCUCCGCAAGAGGGAGGAGCAGGAGGUGAAACUGCUCGCCAAAGAGCCAAAGAGUCCAGAAGACAAAGCUCUCCUUGCGCCCUUCAAGCCUGGAGAUGAUCCACUGAAGAGAACGGGUCGUCUCUUUGGGGGCGUGAUCCGGGACGCCCGCCGCCGGUACCCCAAGUACAUGAGCGACUUCAAGGACGCCAUGAACGCCCAGUGCAUGGCUGCGGUCAUCUUCAUCUAUUUCGCCGCCCUGUCGCCCGCCAUCACCUUCGGGGGUCUCCUGGGUGAGAAGACGGACGGGCUGAUCGGCGUGUCAGAGCUGAUCAUCGCCACGGCCGUACAGGGGGUGAUCUUCAGUAUUAUAGGGGCCAACCCGAUGCUGAUAGUGGGGUUCUCCGGGCCCGUGCUCGUGUUUGAAGAGGCCUUCUUUCAGUUCUGCAGAUCCAAUGGGAUGGAGUACCUGACUGGUCGGGUCUGGAUCGGGUUCUGGCUCAUCAUCAUCGUAGUGCUCAUGGUGGCCUGCGAGGGCAGCUUCUUGGUCUGCUUCGUGUCCCGCUUCACACAGGAGAUCUUCGCCUUCCUCAUCUCCCUCAUCUUCAUCUACGAGACCUUCUCCAAGCUGGGCAAGAUCUUCCUGGAGCACCCUCUCCAGCGCUGUUCCCUGGACAACAGCACAGCACAGAACAGCACAGGAAUCCCAUUGCCGGGCAACGCCACCGACUCGGGCCCCCCCAAGGUUCUGGCGGAGCCGAACACCGCCCUGCUGUCCCUGGUCCUCAUGUCCGGGACGUUCUUCAUCGCCUUCUACCUGCGCAAGUUCAAGAACAGCGCGUUCUUCCCCGGCAGGCUCCGCAGGGUGAUUGGAGAUUUCGGGGUCCCCAUCGCCAUCCUGGUCAUGGUCCUGGUGGACUACAGCAUACGGGACAUCUAUAGCCAGAAACUGAGCGUGCCGAGUGGCUUCUCGGUGACCAGCCCGAAGAAGCGUGGCUGGAUAAUCCACCCCCUGGGCUCGGAUGGCCAGUUUCCCAUCUGGAUGAUGGCUGCCAGCAUCCUCCCAGCCCUGCUGGUCUUCAUCCUCAUCUUCAUGGAGACGCAGAUCACCUCGCUGAUCGUCAGUAAGAAGGAGAGGAUGCUGGUGAAAGGCACAGGCUUCCACCUGGACCUGAUGAUCAUCGUCACCGUGGGCGGGAUCUCCUCACUCUUCGGCCUCCCCUGGUUGGCCGCGGCGACCGUACGCUCCGUCACCCACGUCAAUGCGCUCACCGUCAUGAGCAAGGCCGUCGCCCCCGGAGACAAGCCCCGCAUUCAGGAGGUCAAGGAGCAGAGGGUGACCGGGCUGCUUGUGGCCAUUUUCGUGGGCUUGUCCAUCGUGAUCGGAGACCUCCUGCGGCGGAUCCCCCUGGCCGUUCUGUUCGGGAUCUUCCUCUACAUGGGCGUGAUGUCCCUCAACGGCAUCCAGCUGACUGAACGCAUGCUGCUGCUGCUGAUGCCUCCAAAAUACCACCCCGACCACACUUACGUCCGCAAGGUGCGGACCCUGCGCAUGCACCUGUUCACGGGGAUCCAGAUGGUGUGCCUGGCCGUGCUGUGGGCCGUCAUGUCCACCGCGGCCUCGCUGGCCUUCCCCUUCUUCCUCAUCCUCACCGUGCCCAUCAAGAUGUUCCUGAUGCCGCGCAUCUUCUCCUCCCGCGAGAUGCAAUGUCUGGAUGCCGAUGAUGCGGAGCCCACGUUCGAUGAGAAGGAGGGGCAAGACGAGUACUCGGAGAUGCACAUGCCGGUUUAAGACACGCCCCUUCCUCCCGCAUCCCUCUGAGUGGCUACACCGACCUGCCAGUCACUCAGCCGGCUGGCCCCGCCCACCGAGUGAACGACCCCACUCCCUGUAUAUUCACAAUCGCUUUUCCUUUUUUCCGAACAUUUCAUUUUAUAUUUGUAACCACGUUUCUUUUGUUUGGCAAUCAUUGUUAUACUCGGUCUUCCUGAUUGAUUCGUUUAGGUGUAGUUUUCAGGAAGACGAAAGUGGGGGUGGUGGGUAGAUGUUGAGGGGCAGAGAAGGGAACUAAAAGGGCGGGCUGGUGGGAGCAUGGGGGAGCGAGGGGCGGAGCUACUAGCAGGUCAUGUGGUAUAAGCCCCCCCCACGAGUCCAGUGCCGCACAGCCGCACAAACUCAACGCAAUCGAGCUAAGCCAACGCAGACCCAACGCAGUCGAGCUAAGCCAACGCAGACCCAACGCAGUCCAGCUGACCCAACGCAGACCCAACGCAGUCCAGCUGACCCAACGCAGACCCAACGCAGUCCAGCUGACCCGACGCAGACCCAACGCAGUCCAGCUGACCCGACGCAGACCCACCUCAGUCGAGCUGACCCAAGCGCUCUCACACGCUACGCUCACAGGCCGGACGGGGGGAGACCGCCAUCUUCAAUCCCCCAGCUGCCCAAGCCCUUUUGAUGGACCGGCUACUUCAUCCCUUGAUGUCACAAGCUCAUGUCAUCGCCAUUCACGGAAAGGGGCGAGCGAAGAAGGCCUCUGCACAUUUACCCCCACCCCGUGUUCAGCCUCAGUGCUCUCAUUCUGCCGCGGCAGAGCAGACCGCAGCGUGGAGUGUGCGGAAAUUGGCACGCGGUAGCCACGUGACUGCAGAACGUACCGGACAGACCAGCACAGAAAUCAUGUAUUCGGUCAGCUCUGAUGGUGCAUUCACAAGACCAAAUCUCGGUGCCUUUGCAUUUAAAAAAAAAAAAAAAACACUGUGUCCGUUCACAUUUGACAUGCAGGAGUAAGCAGAAAGUAUGCAUGGAUAUUUAAAUUGGUCAAGUACUCCCUUCAAUGCCACAUUCAUGUCCGUAAGUGUGGAUAAGGCUUGCAUGGCUGUGUACAUUUUGUACAUUCAGGCAUUGCUUGUGGCUAAAUCCUACCAGUACCAAAGAGGCCACAACAGGACACUGUGAUUGUGCAUGUGUGGCGUUAUAGUGGUUAGGGCAGGGAGGGAAGGGGCGUAUACGAAAAAGGGGGAUGCCUCUAAAUCACCGGAGAAAAAUAGGCAGCAAUAGGAUGGUUCCUCAGUAGUGUCGCUGGUCUGUAGCACUAACCUGCUGUCCACAAGGUGAACAUAGAGAGGACCUCUCCUCUCAGUAGGUACUUGAAUCCACUGCAUGGCACAUCAGUGUCUGCCAUGACGCCGCCUCGCCAGCAGAGGGAGACAUACAGAGAAUGUACAAAGACGAACCCGUCGUCACUGUGACUGUGCGUAUUUAACACUCAGUGCUAGGUCACUCUCCAGAUACGCUGCUUUCCCGAGAACAGUGCAGAUAAACAUCUACGCUCUGCGAUUCACUCGAAUGCUUUCUUCUUUUACCAAAAUCCUUUGUUUGUCUCCGUGCCUCCUGAGAAUAGGCUGCUCCUGUGGCUUGUGAUUUUUUUUUUUUAAGAAGUAAUUUUUUAAGUAAAUGUAAGUCGUUUGGCCUAUAAACCUAAAGGAACCUUCUCUGGAUCCUUGUGAAGUAGCUGUUGAGAUACUUUUUUUUUUAAAGCAAAAGUAGCUGCUUUUCACGUUCACAAAUUUGCACUCGCAGCCUAUGUUUUUAUUGUGAACUGACUGAACGUGACAUAUUACUGCGUUUUCUUCUAGAGUAUUGCUACAGUUAUGUGUGCUUUUAAUAGGUGCCUUGUCGACAUAGAAAACCAUUCUCUCUUCACUAGUAUUAUUUGCACGACGGUCUGAAAGUUUAUUUUACGGAAAAUCCUUUUGUUACACACUAAAAUCACAGCGCACAAUUUUAAACUCUCGUAAAAAACACUGCUGAAAUUUUGCAGCCUGGUUGUGCCAUUGCUAUGGCAACGUUUGGAAUGUGUCCGUUUUGGACGAGGCUUUUUCUGCUCACUUCGCCACGCAACCUCAAGCAGAGAAAUGUGUGUGGGCAGACUCAAAAUGUCUUGAAAACUUCAUGAUACACUGAGGAAAUGUGUUCACACACUAGGCUCUGCAGUGUAACCCUGCCUUGGCUACAUGAUUCCUGUGAGUGACAGUGGGAGACAUGUUAGUGUAAGGAAUGUUACAAUACUUGUGAGGACAUAUGGCCUGAUGA